CGAAGGCAGCGCCAGUCCAUUUUGACUUGACUUUGCGCCUGCGCAGACCUGCAUGUCUGACCUUCAUAGCAGUAAGGAUGUUCGCCAGGACCAGCGCGUUGGUGUUCUCCCCACAAUGUGGGCAGGUCAGGAACAUGGCUACCCUGAAGGACAUCACCAUUCGGCUGAAGUCCAUCAAGAACAUUCAGAAAAUCACAAAGUCCAUGAAGAUGGUGGCCGCAGCCAAGUACGCUCGCGCUGAGAGGCAGCUGAAGCCGGCCCGCGUCUACGGCACCGGUGCUCUUGCUCUGUACGAGAAGGCCGACAUCAAGGCUCCCGAGGAGAAGGCCGCCAAGCAUUUGAUCGUUGGCGUCACUUCUGACCGUGGACUCUGUGGCGCCAUUCACUCCAGUGUGGCCAAGACCAUCAAGAGCGAGAUCGCCAACCUCACCGGCGUCGGCAAGGAGGUGAUGGUGAUCAAUGUGGGAGACAAGCUGAGGGGCCUGCUGUACAGAACUCAUGGAAAACACAUCCUGCUGAACUGCAAGGAGGUCGGUCGUAAGCCGCCCAACUUUGGAGAUGCCUCCAUCAUCGCCGCCGAGCUGCUGAACUCUGGAUACGAGUUUGACCAGGGCUCCAUCAUCUUCAACAGAUUCAGGUCUGUUAUCUCGUACAAGACGGACCGGAAGCCGGUGUUCUCCAUCGACACAGUCGCUUCCUCAGAGAACAUGGGAAUCUAUGAUGACAUUGAUGCUGACGUUCUGAGGAAUUACCAGGAGUUUGCUCUGGUAAACAUCAUCUACCUGGCCCUGAAGGAGUCCUCCACCAGCGAGCAGAGUGCCAGGAUGACCGCCAUGGACAGCGCCAGCAAAAACGCCUCUGAGAUGAUCGACAAGCUGACCCUGACCUUCAACCGUACCAGACAGGCCGUCAUCACCAAGGAGCUCAUCGAGAUCAUCUCUGGAGCUGCUGCCCUAUAAAAUGGAGAGGAACAUCAUUUCUGUGGCAAUGGCCCAUCGAAGUCCUGCAGACAUGCUGUUUGAGUCCAAUGAAGAUUUGUGCUUCUAUUUGUAAAAUAUAUGGAGAAAAUAAACCUCUUAAACAGAA